UAGCACCGGAGUCUUCAGACUGCGCGCUCAGGACGGCGCGAUGGAGACGGAUAGCUGUUUGUCUUUCUCCUCUCCUCCAAAUAGGACCACGCCAGAGAAUUCCCCGGGUUUGGAGCAUAGUUCCGGUUCAUUCUUUCCUUGCGACGAGCUACAAAAAUCACCACAUCCUCAUCUUCCGCAUCGACAUGGUUUACGGGGUGAAUUCUUCAACAAUCCGGGUAUGGGACGUUAUAUGGAUGGUGGCCCUACAGACUUUACGCACGGUGUUACCGCUGCAAAUUCCCGCUCCUCACCAGUAAAACACAGCAAGUACUUGGAAAAUAUUUCGCCGGAUCAAAAAACUUUACCAAUCAGUGGAAAGAACUCAUUUUACGAAAACAAUUCUGAUGUGGCAGAGAAGACAUUGCCUAAACCUUUGGGCUAUUCUGUCUUGGACUCAGAUUGCUGUGGCAAACUCAAAGAACCUUCAAAUGGGUUAACUCAAGGAGACUCCAUCGCAGACUCGAUCGACCUGUCAGGCAAGAACAAAAAGCGACGAAACCGCACCACAUUCAGCACCUUUCAGCUCGAGGAACUGGAGAAGGUCUUCCAGAAGACGCACUACCCAGACGUGUAUGCACGCGAACAGCUAGCUCUGCGAACGGAGCUCACCGAAGCGCGUGUGCAGGUGUGGUUUCAGAACAGACGAGCAAAAUGGAGGAAGCGGGAGCGCUAUGGGAAAAUGCAGGAAGUGCGAAACCACUUUGCUGCUGCGUAUGACAUCUCUCUCCUCCCUCGAGCUGAUAGCUAUCAGAUGCAGAGUAAUCUGUGGCCAGCAGGAUCGGGAGGGACAGGGGGUGGGAAUGGCGGCUGUGUCCUGGCUGCAGACAGCAUGCCCUCCUCCUGCAUGAGCCCUUACCCACACCCCCAUGCCCACACCCAUCCCCAUGGCAAUCUCCCCGGGCUUAUGGGCAUGUCAACAUCAUCUGCUCACCCUCCUCAUCAUCCUCACCCACACCACGCUGGCAUCAAUGGCCUCUACUCUCUGCACAGUUUUCAGGGAGGCCUGGGGCCCCACUCCUUUGAGCCAGGCCCCGAGUCUGACUACAAGCCUUCAGGCCUGGUGGCGCUGUGCAUGAAAAGCAAAGACCCCGGCAGCCUCUUGUCUUGGCCAACAUGACCACAUGACUAGCCCUCAGCUAGUAAGUGACUGAGCCAACAAGUAACCUUUGGGUACAUACUGACGCGUUGUGUGUCACAGAAAUUCAAGCAUUGGAAACUCUGUUUUCGAUGAAGUUCACCUCUCAUCGUGUGCAAGGAACAAAUUCAGCAUACUAUUUUUUUUGCAAUUUGCAGAUGUAGUAGUAGUAAUAAUAAUGAUAAUAAUAAUAAAGUGGCUUGUGCACUUUAUAUGCUGAUAUGAUAUAUUUUAUAAUGUUUCCACAUGGAAGCAGAUA